CCGAGGACGGCGGGGCCGCGGGCGGGCGGGCGGGCGCCAUGGGCAAGGACUACUACCAGAUUCUGGGCCUGGCCCGCGGCGCGUCGGACGAGGAGGUGAAGCGCGCCUACCGCCGCCAGGCGCUGCGGUACCACCCGGACAAGAACAAGGAGCCCGGCGCCGAGGAGCGGUUCAAGGAGGUCGCCGAGGCCUACGACGUGCUGAGCGACCCGCGCAAGCGCGAGAUCUUCGACCGCUACGGGGAGGAGGGCCUGAAGGGCGGCGGCCCCUGCGGGGGCAGCGGCGGCGGGGCCAACGGGACCUCCUUCAGCUACACGUUCCAUGGCGACCCGCACGCCAUGUUUGCCGAGAUCUUUGGCGGCCGGAACCCCUUUGACACGUUCUUUGGGCAGCGGAACGGGGAAGAGGGCAUGGACAUCGACGACCCAUUCGCCGGCUUCCCCAUGGGCGUGGGCGGCUUCACCAACAUGAACUUCGGCCGCUCACGCCCGGCCCAGGAGCCCACCCGCAAGAAGCAAGACCCGCCCGUCACGCACGACCUCAGGGUCUCCCUGGAAGAGAUCUACAGCGGCUGCACCAAGAAGAUGAAGAUCUCCCACAAGCGGCUGAACCCCGACGGCAAGAGCAUCCGGAACGAAGACAAGAUCCUGACCAUCGAGGUGAAGCGCGGCUGGAAAGAGGGCACCAAGAUCACCUUCCCCAAGGAGGGGGACCAGACGUCCAGCAACAUCCCCGCCGACAUCGUCUUCGUGCUCAAGGACAAGCCGCACAACAUCUUCAAGAGAGACGGCUCCGACGUCAUCUACCCGGCCCGGGUCAGCCUGCGGGAGGCCCUGUGCGGCUGCACAGUGAACGUGCCGACUCUGGACGGCCGCAGCAUCCCCGUCGUCUUCAAAGACGUCAUCAGGCCCGGCAUGCGGCGGAAGGUGCCAGGGGAAGGCCUGCCCCUCCCCAAGACGCCCGAGAAGCGCGGGGACCUCAUCAUCGAGUUUGAGGUGGUCUUCCCCGAAAGGAUUCCCCAGACGUCCAGAACCGUCCUGGAGCAGGUUCUGCCCAUCUAGCGCCCCACCCCCACCCCCCCAUCCACCCACCGCCCCGCGUCGUCAGGGCGUCACCGGCCCCAGGACAGAGCUCCGGCGUCUCCGGCCACCCCAGCACUCGUGGACCGUGAGAGGGCGGGAGGGCCCGGGAGCCCGAUCCUGCUCGAUGUUUUCCAGAGAAUAUAUUACAAUCUUUGAAAGUCGUGCACUCGACUGUGCUGGUUUUUCGGGCAGCAGAGCAGCAGGUGGUGGGCAGAGCAGGAUGAGGCCCGCCCCGCCCUGUGCUCUUCCAGACCGCCCCCCCCCACCUGCAGCUGGGUCCUGUGCUUUGUCUCCCCUGCUCCAAGCCUCCCCCCACCCAACCCUGGCGAAUCCUGGUGAAUCCUGGCGAAUCCUGGCCAUCUCAGGUGGAGAAAGCUAGACUCUCUGCAGAACUGCCCGGCCACCACCCACAAGCAAUACCUUCCUCCUCCCAGCGGGACCACGGGAGCCGGGGAGCUCACGGAGAUGGGGCCCAGCCGUACUUUGCCGAGAGCGAGCUCUGGGCAGCCCUGGGUGCCCUUUCUGUUCCAUGGACUCUGGACUUAUUUUUGUUUUCGUUUCGUUUUGUUUCUCUCUCAAAGGGAUCUGAUCCUUUGGAAUUUUGCACAACCCUGGAGAGAUGUAUAGAGACAUAGAUAUAAUCCCUUUUGAUAAAAGGGUCUUUGCUCCCGAUUGCAGGAGCCUGUAAAUGUUUUUAUAACUCCCCAUCAGGCCGCCGGUGCCCCCAGACAGGCCCAGCCCUGCCCCCAGGGCCCCGGGCGGAGGCGGGGUCUGUUCCCGGGACACCCGUCUGGUGCUCAGCCCCUUGAGACUCAUUGUACGUUGCCACUGCCGACACGAGACCAAAGUGUGUGUGACUUGUCGCUGUGCAGGGUGAUGGCAUUAAAGACUGUAUGCGAAACCUCC